CUGCGAAUUAAUACUGUUGGCCACGUCUCUGGGCCACGUCGCUGCUUCUCGCCAUUUUACUGUGCUUGAGUGGCUGGGCUGUAGUGUAUUUCUUUUCUGCGUUGAUUUCCCUGGAGUGUCAUCUUUUGGACUUUAGCGAGUUACCGCUUGUUUUAUUUCCUACCAGCAAGUGACUGAAAACCGACAACAGCGGCCACUAUGAACAUCUUCCGGCUGACAGGAGACCUGUCCCACCUUGCAGCAAUCAUCAUCCUGCUGCUGAAAAUCUGGAAGACCCGUUCCUGUGCUGGUAUUUCUGGGAAAAGCCAGAUCCUUUUUGCACUUGUUUUCACUACUCGUUACCUGGAUCUGCUGACCUCCUUCAUUUCACUCUACAACAGUUGUAUGAAGAUUAUCUACAUUGCUUGUUCCUAUGCCACUGUGUAUUUGAUUUAUGUAAAAUUCAAAGCAACUUAUGAUGGAAACCAUGACACAUUCCGGGCUGAAUUUUUGGUUGUUCCAGUAGGAGGGCUUGCUUUCCUAGUGAAUCACGAUUUCUCCCCAUUAGAGAUAUUGUGGACCUUUUCCAUAUAUUUGGAGUCUGUUGCCAUUUUACCGCAGCUGUUUAUGAUCAGCAAGACUGGUGAAGCAGAGACAAUCACUACUCAUUACCUUUUUUUCCUGGGCUUGUAUCGUGCCUUGUACCUCAUUAACUGGAUCUGGCGCUACAUGUUCGAGGGAUUCUUUGAUCUGAUUGCAAUUGUUGCUGGUGUAGUACAGACCAUUCUUUAUUGUGACUUCUUUUACUUAUACUUUACAAAAGUACUCAAAGGAAAGAAACUAAGUUUACCAGCGUAAGUGCCAAAGAUCUUAGCUGCUUCUGUCCUCCACAUUGUCUGGACAGAGCAAGCCUCAUCACAAGCAAGUGUAAGAUGCUUGAGACAGAGAGGAACACUGCAGUCUGAAUUGUAUUUAAAAUCAACAGCAGCAACUGUUCUGGAACAACACAGAGGAGACCCACCAGCUGAUUUCUGUUUUAUGCAUCUUGCCUUACCUUUUUUAUUGCUAUGUAUAAAGAUAUUUUCUACAUGAAAUUGCAUAUAUUGUACUGAAAAGUUAAAAACUGUUGUCAGAACGAAUUGUAAAGCUAGAUUGGAAUGGUGCCCAAGUGACAUUCUGCAGCGCUGUUUUCAAAUUGGAUUUGUUGCAGAUUUUCCCCAGGUGUUUGAUACUUUAUACCAAAAGUAGAAAAUGAUCUGACAAAAAUUGGUCAGUAUUCUUCCUUGAUUUCAUUUUGUUUCCUUGUAUUUAUUGUAGCCGACAAUGUGUGUUUGAACCACAUUUGCUUCUGUUGAAUGCAGUCAUUGAAGUGUUCAUUUCUAGUUCAGUGCAGUUUAUUCCACUAGAGAGGUGUGGUGUCUGAUGUACUGCCAUUCACCAGUACUGGGCUCACAAUGCAGCCUUCUGGUGCCUUUCAGACUGGUGACUUUGUGGUCUUACAGAUUGUAAAAUACCUUUUUAUACCCUAGUUUAUUAGGGACAGUACUUUUUAUGUUACUAGGGCACUAAACUGACUACUUUGGUCAUCAGCUUACCUUUUCCCACACUUCCCCUUCUGUACAUAGCUGGAGUAUUUGAUGGCCACCAUGGCUGGUGCUACGGCAGAAAGAUUUAAUCCUAUUUCGGGUGUGCAGUAUAUGUUUAGGAGUUUUGAAAACCACCUGUUCAGUUUCCAUUUUUCCUUGAUGAGAUAGAGGCGCAUUCGUCUAAAAGCACCAUUCCCUUUCCUUCCAGUUUUUUACAACUUGUUAUAGUUGUAAACUGCUACACCCCCACCUUUGAAUUAUGAAACUUCUCUGGUGCAACAGACCUGUACAAGAGCUUUGUAUGUCUGGCUGUCAGUUCCUAUGGAUGGUGCAUCUAGUUUGGUUGUGGAACAGUUAGCUUGGUUAAAACUCGUGUUCAGACAUCAUCAGCUUUGGUUACAGUACUUUUAUAUUUUAAUCACUUGUACAUUUUUUUACUGAUCUGUUGCAUGAUUUCCCUCCACAUUGCCAUCUCCCAAAUAAAAAUAUUUUAUGGAA